UCCGCUUCUGUAAGUGUCAAAACUGCCCAAUGUUAAAUCCAGUAAAAACAAAAGAAAACGGCAGACGAGUCAGAAAGAAAUGUUAAACCUACCAAAAAUUGUGUGUUCCUCUGUACUGGGCAUUGCGUCGGAGUAUAAGAAAAGAGAGUUAACAACUGUUCCACUAUAAGAUUUGCAUUUGCUAAAGAAAUCAAUCAGUCCUAUGUAGAAGACGGAGACCAAAAAACAAGACUUAUGUAAAUGUUACACAGCGAGAAUACAGAAGACAGGUGAUCCUAGGUUUAGUUACCGCCCUCUCAGGGUUCAGUGAACAAAGUACAGUGACAGACUGAGAGACACAACAAGUGAACCCAUAGAACAUGGCACUAGCUGGAAAAGUUGCUCUUGUGACGGGGGGAGCCCAAGGAAUCGGAAGAGCAGUUGCCGAGGCUCUACUGCAAAAUGCUGCAAAGAUUUCUCUUGUAGAUUUUAAUCAGGAGGCGGGAGAACAAUGUAUUAACUGCUUGGACGAAGAGUUUGGAUCUGACAACUGUUUGUUUAUUCAGUGUGACGUUACUGACCGAGAGAAACUGCAAGAUGCCUUCAAGAGGACCGUUGAACACUUUGGAAAGUUGGACAUUGUUAUUAACAAUGCUGGCAUCAAUAAUGAGAAAAACUGGGAGAAGACAAUUGAAGUUAAUUUGACUUCUGUGGUAAAAGGGACAUACCUUGGUCUAGAACACAUGAGCAAAGAGCAUGGCAAACAAGGAGGUGUGAUCAUUAAUGUUUCAUCAAUGGCAGCAUUUUUGCAUUCCCCACACCAACCAGUAUACACAGCCACAAAAUAUGGUGUUGUUGGAUUUACAAGAGCCAUAGCAGAAGCAUCCGAAAUAGAAAACUAUGGGGUGCGAAUAAAUGUGCUUUGUCCUGCUUUUGUGGAUACACCACUCCUCCAGUCAAUUGAUCAGGAAGAAAAGAUGGGGAAAUUUUACAAACACAAGGAUGAGAUAAAACACAGAAUGGAUAUUUAUGGGAUAUUAAAACCAUCGUUAAUUGCUGAAGGGAUGCUGAAGAUCAUUAAUGAUAACAGCCUGAAUGGAGCAGUUAUGAAAAUUACCACAUCUAAAGGGAUCCACUUUCAGAGUUAUGAACCAAUGUCUGCAUGAACAAUGUAGUGAAGUUUGACCACUAUACAUAAAUACACGCUAUGGAAUGUGUAUAGUUAAAACUCAAUUACUGUUUGGACUAUGAUUAAGAUGUAUUUCUAUCACAAAUUCUAUAUAAGAUUAAAAAAAUGUAUACUUUUAAAUUAUUUUUUUAACUGUAAUUGUUAAUCAAAAUCUGUAGUUUUAGAAUAAACAUUUCAGAUAUUUUUAGUUA